GCAGUGCGAUACGGUCGAUAGAAGCAAGCCACGUAGUGUAGCCACGGUGGUUGUAUUGAAUUGCAGUAACGAAUGCGGUGCUACCGCAUGGCAUACUAGGGUCACCCCCAGGCAUCGCGAAUCACUUUACACGCUUCUCCCUCUCUCGACAUCGCGACGUGCCCGUUCAUUUCGCUCGUGGAUACUGAAGAAGUCACGACCACGUGAACGAAGAGUUAUAGUUGAUUUCGGAAUAUUUAUCUCGUGGACUGUUCGUCAAUAUUAUAGUAAAACUUUACUGUGUGGUGCAAAGAAUAAUUUUUAUAAAAAACAUUGUGUUUACAGUUGUAUAUAGUUUAUAUACAAGUAUAUUAACCGUUCUGCAUGAAUGUGUUUCAUAAAUAACUGUCGGAAAUUUUUGCGGGAGUUUUUCAUAAUUCUUUUGCAAAAAUUUAAGAUCAUUUAGUUUUUUUCUACUGAACCUUGUUUGCUGUCGACCUCGAAGAUAUAUAUAUAUAAUAGCCGUAUAGAGAUUUUACUUUAUACGAUUUUCUAAGGCUCAUUACUUGCGCUUGGAGAACAAAGGUGUCUCCGGGGUGUAAAGAAUCUUUAAUGAGACCGCGAACAAUCGUCGGAGAAAUCGGAAAUGACCGACUCACCGCAGUCACAUGAAUCCUUUUACACCUGCAAGUUGACAAUUGCGACAUUACGGAUGAAAGGAUUUGCAUAGAUCGAUCGCUUCAGAGUUUCCCGAUGUGAAACCGUGACACAACCGUGAUACAAACCUGGAGCAAAAAGAAGCUAGGUUGAAAGAACCGGUAAAAAAUACGAAGAAGAAGGUGUACAAACAAACACGCUUGAACGAACAUCAACCAAUUAUAAACAGACAGAGAAGUGUCACCAUUGCCGUGACAUUGGAUAUUACUGUGAAAACUAUUUACGUGUCAAGCCGUGACAUUGAUACCAAGAUAUUUCAUGAAUUCAUAUCACGACUUUUCGAACUGAUCACACAAGAAAUCACUGACCUUGGGAAGAGACACGUUUUUUUUCUAUUUUUCGUUCCGAAUUGUUUGAUUGAACGAUAAAUCCAUUGAGAUUUGCUAUUGAAAGAUCAGUGGUUCAUUUACCGAGCAUAUCUACUGGUCCAGGAUAAUGAUGUCUAUGUUAAAACUCGGCUCCUCUUCCGUCAGAUAUCGCGAAGAUAUCUUCGAGUCAACUUGAAGGGAUACGCGCGUGGACUACAGAGUGCAACUUAAAGGGUGGAAGUUCGCAGACGUGGGUGUAGAGACGCCUGGCGAAGUAUCGAUCGACCUGCAUCUUGAAGAGGAUGCUCUCUUCGAUCUCGUAGGAGCAGAAUUCUCGUUGUAGUCACGUGUCGCAUAGAACGCGUGGAUAGACGCAGCAAGGAGGAGAGAAACGAGGGAAAAGCCAGAGUGAGUGGGCGAGGAAGGAGGAGAGACGCUUUCCAACAGGCGACACCGACACCGCGACGUCGUCAUGGAAAAUCGAUUCGCCGCCGACCACCACCCCGCUACAACCACCCGUCGCAGUGCAAUGACCUCCAAACCGGGAAGAUCCUAUAGCGUGAGGUCUCCGCGAAUCGGAGGUCCUCUUUCGCAAUCACUGGCUAUGAUUCCUCCAACUAUGCACGGACAUGAGUUUAAUCAACCCUCGUCAAGGGUAGUUAUGGUCCGUAAAACGGAUCAAAGGACAUUCAGCAAAGGAAGACGAGGUGGUGAGCCUCUUUUGGAAACUGUUACCAGGGAAACCGUUGAACUCUUUAAUGGUGGUCGAGCCGAAAGGAAAUACACUUCCGAAACGAGGGACAUCGUUACACCGAAGUCUAGCAGUGUAAGUCGUUGCUCUUGUAGUAUGCCAUCGCUCAGCGUGCACGGAACGAAAAAGAAGGUGGUCGGUUUUGUCGAUCAAGUGUCACCUGACAGGUCGAGGACAGACUCGGUAAGAUCGAAGUCUCCGUUGACGGCAUCGCCAGCAUCACCGGGUCCAUUGUCGAAUUCCUUGCACGGCAGUUUCCACGGCAGUCUAGGAAGCGAUGGCAUGUCUUGCAGCAGCGCUAGAUCUUCCUCGGCUUCUCCCGAUUCCGCAAGAUAUUCGUCCUCACAGAUAACAAAGAUUGAUACGCGUAAACCGUCUGUGCGCAGAUCGGGACCACCGAAGGAAUUUAUUAACGUCUGCCUCGAUACGCAUAAUUUCUACCGAUCGCGGCAUGGAGUACCGCCGUUACGACUCAGCAAGCAGCUGUGCAAGACAAGUCAAGACUGGGCUAAUAUAUUGGCUGCUAGAGGUAGAUUAGAACACAGGGCGAACAUUGACUAUGGAGAGAAUCUCUAUUGCAUGUGGAGCUCCAAUCCAAAGACUAUUGUCGGAGGCGAAGAACCGGUGAAUGAAUGGUAUGCUGAAGAAGCUCAGCAUCAAUACGGAAAGGAGCCUACAACACUGAAGACUGGUCAUUUUACACAAGUGAUCUGGAGGGACAGUACUGAGUUAGGGGUGGGAAUGGCUAGAAAUCGAAAUGGCGAGGUUUAUGUUGUCUGUAAUUACAAUCCCGCUGGGAAUUUCUUAGGCAGUUUCACAGACAAUGUUCUUCCACCCGUGGAUCCUGCAAAACGGAUUAAUUUUACCGACUUAAAACAACACUAUAUAAACGAGCAAACGUGGCGGCAAGAAGCAUUAUUGGUUCAUAAUGAAUAUCGAAGAAAACAUCGAGUACCAGAUUUAAGAUUAAGUCCGGAAUUAACAGCCGCUGCUAAGGCCUGGGCAAACACGUUGCUAAACACAAAUAAACUGAUACCUCAAUCGUCGUCUCCGUACGGCGAAAACAUUUAUUCGAUGCAGUGUUCCGAUCCUAAACUGAUCGUUUCUGCACGUGAAGUCAUAUCAAAGUGGUAUUCCGAGAAGAAAGAACAUAAAUUUGGCAUUGAGCCGAAAGUUCUCAACACAUGCCAUUUUACGCAAAUUGUCUGGAAAAACACAACCGAAAUGGGUAUUGCUAUGGCUAAACGGGAUGGUACAUGUGUCGUGGUAGCAUGUUACCAUCCGAGAGGUAAUAUAGUAGGACAAUUCACUGAAAAUGUACUAAAGCCUAUAAAGAGCGUUUGUUAGCCGGACUCAUUUCUAUCGAUAAUGUAUUUAAAUCCUGUAUUUAUGUAUUGUGCAGAAGAACGAGGUAUACGCGUAGUAAAUGUACUGUAUAUACACUUGUGCAUAUUAUACGUAUAAUAAACAUUCCACGUACACAUAUU